AUGGUAUACAGAGGAAAGCCCAGCCCAGGGUGUGCCCUAUGCCGGAAGCGGCGGCUAAAAUGUGACCAGAGGCAGCCUUCAUGCUCCCAAUGUUUGCGGAUAAAGAAAGAAUGCCCCGGGUACCAAGAUCCCCGAGCCCUGCGUAUCUAUGAUCAGACGACAGUCGUUACUGCCAAAGCCCUGGCCCGGGCUGCCGUUACCCGAAAGGCGGCUCAGUCCCCAACUGCUGAGAGUUCGAAGACACCGCCGUUAAGUUAUUUAUCUACCCCUAUCCAGGAGCAGGCUAUGUCUCAUAUCUUCAAGUUUUAUGUUGGCACAAGCCAGAAUCGGGGCGUACUACCCUAUUUGUCGGAUCUGUUGAACGCUGAUCCCUCUGGUGCACUUCAAGCCACAGUCAAAGCUGUAGGGCUGGCAUGUAUGUCAGGAAUUCACCAUUUACCUGGGCUGAGGCGAUUGGCGGCAGAGGAAUACAGCAAAGCCUUGCAGGCGACCAAUUUGAAUCUGCAGGACGCAGCCUCGGCUACGUCCGACUCCACUUUGGGGUCUGUGGUAACACUGAGCUUGUACGAGAUUAUCUCAGGGCAUGAAUCACAAAUGAUGAACGCUUGGCUCAAUCAUGCCCGGGGAGCGAUAAAGCUCCUUGAGUUACGAGGCGUGAAGCAAUUCGAAUCGCCAACUGGGUUAGGGCUGUUUAACAGCGCACGAUUACAAAUUGCUAUGAUGAACAUAUUCUUCAGGACGACGUGUUAUAGCUCAUCAACAAUAACUGCAUUAUCAAAUCAUGCAAGAACCCUCUAUGAUACUAAUUCUCAAGCGAUUGAUGAUUUUUACAAUAUUCUAAUUAUGUUCAAUGAUCUCUCGAUACGGAUAAAGGAAGCAUACAAAAAUGAUGGCUUUCGUGGAAACAUCGCACCGUUAAUUGCGCAAGCUCUCCGCCUCGAUGCUGAUAUGGUAUCAUGGGCGAGUUCUCUGGGUCUAUCCUGGCAGUUUACAGAGGCCAGUAACUCACCGUCUUUUUCUAACGGCGGCAUACCCGUCUGCAGCUAUGAUAAGGUAUAUCAUGUAUACCCGAGUAUCAACGUCGCAGUGCUUUGGAACCACUAUCGCCAAGCACGGAUCGUUCUUCAUGAGAUGAUCCGAACUAUGUGUCUCAGGGCGUCUGAGCGACAGGCAAUGCCUCAGUCCCAACAAAUAAUGCUCAAUUCUAGCGCCAUUAAUAAUCAAUUAGUGAAGGACGUCUGCGAUAGCGUCCCUCACUUCUUUACAUCGGGUGAAGCUGGUUUUGGGGGUGUCGCUCGAUUGCCAUGGCCACUGUUCGUUGCUGCUGACUGUACGGAUAUAUCGUCUCACACGAAGAACUGGAUUGCGCAAAUACUCGAUAUUAUUGCAACCUCCGCGGGUGUGCAGCAAGCGCGCAUCUUGUCACAUCUUAUCAAACAGGGACAUCACGGCUUCAAUUUGAUUCCUGGGAAAUGUAAACAAUAA